GGCGCUCCCCUGCACGUGCGCCGCUGCCGUUGUGCGACGUCGCGGUUGCAGAAGCGGGAGCGUCCCGGCGGGGAGUCUGGGGCGACUCAGCGGCCGAAGCGAAGGUGGGACGCAGAACGAAGAGUCUGUCACGGAAAGCGGAGCCAAGUAGGGAGUGGGAGAACUCAGCGCCCCGGCAGUAUCUGUCUGUAAUAUAGCACUGCUUGGGGGACACCCUUUUGUUGGAUUUUAUCUAUGUCCAGCUAACUGCUGCUUUCAGCUAUGGAAUCGACAGUUGAUGAUGAAGCGACGGCAGCGUAAAUGAAGGACAAGUAAGGAAGGCAGAACGAUGCCCAAGGGUGGGUGUUCUAAAACACCACAAUCAGAAGAUUUCUCUCUCAGCAACAACAUGGUGGAGAAACAAACUGGGAAAAAGGAUAAAGAUAAAGUUUCUCUAACCAAGACUCCAAAAUUGGACCGGAGUGAUGGUGGCAAAGAAGUGAAGGAGAGAGCUACAAAACGGAAAUUACCUUUUACUGUUGGAACAAAUGGAGAUCAAAAAGAUUCAGAUACAGAAAAGCAAGGUCCUGAGCGGAAGAGGAUCAAGAAGGAGCCGGCCACUCGGAAGCCCAGCCUGCUCUUCGGAAUGGGGCUUUCGGGGAUUCGGGCAGGCUACCCCCUCUCUGAGCGCCAGCAGGUUGCCCUUCUCAUGCAGAUGACAGCAGAAGAGUCUGCCAACAGCCCAGCAGUGGAUACAACACCAAAGCAUCCCUCUCAGUCUACAGUUUGUCAGAAGGGAACUCCUAAUUCUGCCUCCAAAACCAAAGAUAAAGUGAACAAGAGGAAUGAACGUGGAGAAACACGGCUGCAUCGGGCAGCUAUCCGAGGAGAUGCCCGACGGGUCAAGGAACUAAUUAUUGAGGGUGCUGAUGUCAAUGUAAAAGACUUUGCAGGCUGGACUGCUUUGCACGAGGCAUGCAACCGGGGUUACUAUGAUGUUGCAAAACAGCUGCUUGCUGCAGGUGCCGAGGUCAAUACCAAGGGUUUGGACGAUGACACUCCCCUGCAUGAUGCAGCCAGCAAUGGACACUACAAGGUGGUGAAAUUGUUGUUACAUUAUGGAGGAAAUCCUCAACAACUUAACAGGAGGGGAGAGACCCCACUAAAAGUAGCAAAUUCCCCCACAAUGGUGAAUUUGCUCUUGGGAAAGGCCACAUAUCCUUCCAGUGAAGAGAGCUCCACAGAGACUUCAGAGGAAGAAGACGCUCCUUCUUUUGCACCGUCCAGUUCCAUUGAUGGCAAUAACACGGAUUCUGAGUUUGAGAAAGGCCUGAAACACAAGGUGAAGAACCAGGAGCCCCCCAAAGCCAUCACACCUGUGAAGGAUGAAUACGAGUUUGAUGAGGACGAUGAGCAGGACAGAGUCCCACCAGUGGAUGACAAACAUCUGUUGAAAAAGGAUUAUAGGAAAGAGACUAAAGCAAAUAAUUUCAUUUCCAUUCCGAAGAUGGAAGUUAAAACCUACACUAAAAACAGCACAAUAGCACCAAAGAAAGUAGCUCAUCGCAUUCUUUCAGAUACGUCUGAUGAAGAAGACAGCACCCUUGCUGUGGGAGGGGGUGAAAAGUUGCGAAUGACAACCCAUCCCACUCCUGCCAGCAACAAGGCUCGAGAACCACCUAGUGCCAAACAGCAGAAAGAGAAAAAUAAGGUGAAGAAGAAACGUAAGAAGGAAGCCAAAGGCAAAGAAGUUCGGUUUGGCAAAAAAAAUGACAAGUUUUGUUCCUCUGAAUCAGAGAGUGGAAACCUGGAGAGUGAGGAGGAUGACAGAGACUCUGUACAAAGUACUACCUGUGUAAAGGACUCUAGACUGGUGUUGAAGGAGUCAUCCUUGUUUAAUUCUCUCUCGGCUUCCUCUGCCUCUUCCCACGGGAGUUUGGGGUCACAGAAGCAUAAUUCAGCCCUUACAGAUCAGCACUCCAAGCAUUGGAGGACUGACAAUUGGAAAACGGUUUCUUCUCCAGCCUGGUCAGAUGUCAGCUCCUUAUCAGAUUCGACAAGGACAAGGUUGACGAGUGAGUCAGAUUAUACCUCUGAGGACUCGAGCCUGGAAUCCUUGAAGCCUGUGAGGAAGAAACAGGAGCCCAAAAAGCGAGCGCAACAUGGGGCUGCUGUGGUGGUGGUGGAUAAGAAAAAUUCAUUCCAUGCCAACGUUGAUGGAGCUAUUCCAAAGCUGGACAAGGAGGGGAAGGUUGUAAAAAAGCAUAAAACAAAACACAAACACAAAAACAAAGAAAGAGGCCAGUGUCCUGCCGCCCAAGACAUUAAAAUAAUCAAAGCCUUUUCUUUUGAUUAUGAGGACUCUAAGCAGAAAUCCGAAAAGGCUUUGAUUGUAGAGACAGAAAGCCCUGUUGAAAACAAGCUCAAAGCACUAAAGCAUGAGAGGGAGCACUUCAAGAAGGAAGACAAAUUUCUGAAAACCAAAUCUGAAGAGAAGGAGUGGCUGAUUAAAGAGGAGGCUGGGAAGAAUUCUAAAGAGGAGAAAUCCUUGAAAAAAGCUAAGGAGGCGAGUAAAGACAUCAGUAAACCUUUCAGGGAAGAAAAGACCAGCAGAUUGGAAAGGGAGAAGCCCAUAAAAGAGAAAUCUCCCAAAGAGGAGAAGCCUCGAACGCACAAGGAGGAGAGGAAGAAGAAGUCCAAGGACAAGCAGUUCAAAGCCGAAAAGAAAAAUGAACCAAAGGAGGAAAAAACAGGCAGGAUAGAGAAAGAAAGGCCAGUGAAAGAAGAGAAAGAAAAAUGUAAAAAAGACAAAAGUUACCGAGAAGAGUCUACCUUUGAAGAAUUUAGUAAUAAAAACCAGUUUUUGGAAAAUGAAGAUACAAAGUUUAGCCUCUCAGAUGACCAGCAAGAUCGAUGGUUUUCGGAUUUGUCAUCCGAUUCUUCUUUUGAUUUCAAAGGAGAAGAUAGCUGGGAUUCACCAGGGACAGACUACAGGGAAAUAAAAAAUGACACUGUGGCAAAACUAAUAAUUGAAACAGUAAAGGAGGAAAUAAAAGACAAGAAACGAGAAUGUAAAACAAAAGACAAAAGAGACUACAGUGAAAAGCGUAAUGAAAAAGACACCUUUCUUAAAAAGAAAGAAAGAGAAUAUGUUGAGCGGAAUUCUGAGAAGAAAAAGGACCAAACUGAAAAGCAUAAAAAUAUUCCUAAUUAUCUGCCCGAAAAGAAAAGAAAGGAUUCUGCUGAAAAUUUUAAAGAGAGAAAAGAAAAGGAUGGCAGUGAAAUUAGAGAAAGAAGGGAAUUGCCUGAUAGUUCUAAAGAUAGAAAAGAUGUUAAAAUUAAACAAGACGAGUCCUACAGGGAUGAAUUUAAAGACUAUAGCUGUGAAGCAUUUUUCAAAGAAAAAUCUGACCCUGAAUUCAGUGGGAAAAACAUGGAGACCUGGGAAAGGCAUCAUUCAGGAAAGGAGAAAAAGGAAGCACCAGAGAAGGACAAGAAAGAAAAAUCAAAAAUAGAGAAAUACAAAGAAAAAUCCAAAGUGGAAGAUAAGGAGAGAAGUGAGAAGACGCCUUCUGAAAAAAACCAAAAGGACAAAGAAUUGGAUAAAAGCUUUAAAGAGAAAAAGGACACAAAGGAGAAAUAUAAAGAUCCUCACAAUAAAGAUAAAGAGAGGAAGACUUCCUUGGAUCAGGUUAAAGAAAAGAAGGAGAAGAUCUUCUCUGGGGAUAGAGAGGACUUCCAUGAGAAAAAGGAUGAGAAAAAAGGGAGAGAGAGAACCUGGUAUAAUAUAUUAGACAUUUUCACUGAUGAAAGUGAGGACGAAAAGGAAGACUACAGUCUGACUGGAUUCAAGCUUGGAGACGGCAUUGCAAAUGAAAUGCAUCGGAUGGAUAGUCUGCAAGACCAAGAUGACAGCGUGGUAGCCGAGAGAGACCUUUAUGUCUCUGACAAGCAUAGGAAAUAUUCUUCUGAUCGGCAGCCACAUUCUGUUGAGAAACCGAAAGAUAAAGAGUCAAAAGAGAGAAAAAAGGAUAAAGGGCUGUCUGAGGGUGGAAAGGAGAAAAAAGAGAAAAGCUCACUCGAAAAACACAAGGAAAAGAAAGACAAAGACCGGAAAGAGCGAAUUUCAGUUGAUUCUGGCCAGGAAAGGAGGACUAAGCAGAAACUCCCUGAAAAGGUAGAAAAGAAACAUGUGGGAGAAGAAAAGGCUAAAAGCAGACACAAGGAAAAGCUGGAGAAAGAGUACACCAAGGAAAAACGCUCUUCCAAAAGUGGAGAGGCAGAGAAGAGCUUACUGGAGAAACUGGAGGAAGAAGCCCUCAGUGAAUACAGAGAUGACUCCAAUGACAAGAUCAGCGAGAUUUCUUCUGAUAGCUUCACUGACCGAGGGCAAGACCCAGUGCUCAGCAGUCUCUUUGAGUCCUCCAAUCUGUCUCUCGCAGACGCCUCUGAGGAGAAGUUCAAGGAGUCUUUGCCUUUGCCUUGUUUGGCAGAGAAACUCAAGGAGAAGGAGAGGCAUAGGCAUUCUUCCUCUUCAUCAAAGAAAAGUCAUGAAAAAGAGAAAGCAAAGAAAGAGAAAGCAGAGAAGAAAGAUAAAAUAGAUGAGCUGAAAGACUCCAGCAGCAGCAGGAAGGAUGCCGCUCAGUAUGAAAAAGAUUUUGCGCUGGAUGGGGAAGGUUUUGGCAUUUCCUACAGCACAAAAGCAGAGGCUGAAGAAGAAUUGGACAAAAACAUGGAGUAUCUUUUUUCUGAAAAAAAGGACAAGAAUGAAUCAGAAAGAGAGCUUCCUAAGAAGAUUGAAAAAGAAAAAACUUGCAGCUCCAACACAUUUAGUACAACCAAAGAGAAGAAAAAGAGAGACAGGCACAAAGAAAAGUGGAAAGAUGAGAGAGAAAAGCACAGAGACAAACACCCAGAUGGAUUGUUCAAGCACCACAAGGAGGAGCAGAAGUUUGCCAAAGACAAAGAGACUUCUCAAGUGAUCACUCCUAAAGACAAGUCUAAGGAAGAACCAUCCAAGUUGAAUGAUCUCAAAGUAAAGGAGAGAUUGAAAGAAAAUCAAGAAAAGGAUAAAGCAGAGUGUCUUAAAAUGAGCAAUGGGAAUGAUAAAAUUGUCUUACCCAAAGAAGGCAGCAAAAAAGAUGUCCGACCCAGGGAAAAGCUUUUAGGAGAUGGGGACCUGAUGAUGACCAGCUUUGAGAGGAUGUUGAGCCAAAAAGAUAUUGAGAUUGAAGAGCGCCACAAAAGGCACAAAGAGAGAAUGAAACAAAUGGAAAAGAUGAGGCAUAGAUCCGGAGACCCCAAAUUAAAAGACAAAGUUAAAGCCAAUGAGGACAUGCGCAAAAAGAGUCUGGAUUUGACUACCAAGAAGCCACUAGCUCUUGACACUCAGUUAAAAGACAAAAAACUCAAAGACCUAGGCCCACUAGUUCCCAUAGCAUCUCCUGAUAUCAAGACCCAACCUGCUGUGGGGGUGGAUUCCAAGGACUGGAUAGCUGGCCCCCAACUGAAGGAAAUCUUACCUGCUUCUCCGAGGCCAGAUCAACACAGGCCAACAGGGGUUCCCACACCAGCAUCAGUUGUUUCAUGCCCAAGCUAUGAAGAGGUGAUGCAAACACCACGAACUCCAUCUUGCAGCAAUGAAGAUUACACAGAUCUAAUGUUUGACUGUGCUGAUUCUCAGCAUUCUCUCCCCAUCUCUACUAUGUCUAUGAAUGCUUGUUCUCCGUCUUUCUUUGACAGAUACUCAAAUCCUUCAAGUGGAUUAUCUGAGAAUCCAAGUCAAACCCCAACAAGGGUCAUCCCCUCUACCAAUCUCCACCGGUCAAUGUCUGUGGAUAUUAGAAGGGCACCAGAAGAAGAAUUCAGUGUUGGGGAUAAAUUUUUUAGGCAGCAGAGUGUCCCAGCCACAUCCAGUUAUGAUUCUCCAGUUCAGCACUUGAUGGAGGAGAAAUUGCCUCUUCCUUCUGUUCCUACUGAAAAGUUCCCAAGUUUAUCUCCAGAAUAUUACUCACCAGACUAUGGAGUCCCAUCACCUAAAGUAGAGGCAUUGCAUUGCACAUCAGGAACUGUUAGCAAUGUUGUCCAGUCCCCUGAAAGUGUAUUUUCUGGAUUGCAAGCCAAAUCUUCCCCUUCUCACAGAGAUGAGCUGCUUGCCCCUUCUGUAGAAAGUGCUCUCCCACCAGAUCUUGACAUGCCUUUGGAUGCUACAGAGGAUCAACAAGCAACUGCUUCCAUUAUGCCCCCAGAGACCAGCUUUUUACCCCCAAUUGAGGAGAACGAGUUUGAUUCUGGCAUUCCAGAACAGAACAGUGCAGAAUGGGAAAACACACCAAAAAGACAUCCUCCAGUGCCACCUAGUUUAAUUGGCAAUCCUCCUGAACAUCCUGUAAGCUGGCCAGUGGGAUCUGAGCUGCUUCUUAAAUCUCCUCAGCAUCGCCCUGAUUCCCCAAAGCCUUUCUGUUCUCUAGAUACAACACAUCCCACACCAGUGCCCUUCAUUUCUGCAGAUACCCUAUAUCCUAACUCCCCUGCUUCAUACCCCCUUUCAGUGAUUGAACCAAGACUUGAUAAAGCAAAAGAAGAUGCUGAAGAAACAGUUCCACCGGAAAUAGUGACUGCAGAACAACAAGCUUCGUAUGUGGAUUCCCCUGCUAGGUUAGAUACCUUUUUCAGUAACUGUAAGGCUGUCCCAGAAGAAGCAUCUGACAUGGCUUUGCAGCCAGCAGAGCCCCAAGUGGAAGUUGUUAAUGCUCUUGAAAAAAAUUUCUUAGAGAAUAGUAGCAUUGCCCCUGUAAAUCCAGAGGAACAAGUCACAUGGCCUGAUCCAUUUACAAACUCAGAAGAUGAUUUGGACCUGGGCCCAUUCUCUUUACCAGAGCUGCCACUUCAAACAAAAGAAGUUCCAGAGGUUGAAAUGGUGGAGGCAGGUGAAGAAAGCCAUGCUGUACCUUCAGAAGCCAUCAAUGCAGCACUUCUGGAUGUUGGGGUUCCUUUGGGGCCUGCAAAGGAUCAGGAGGAACUGAGUCUAAAUCCACAAAGCAUUCCACCUGGGGAGUCAGAUCUGCAAGGUGAUGAACAGAAGCUGGAGGAGAUUUCUGGAAAAGUAGUGCCAGAUGUAUGUAGUACCCCAGAGCAGAAAAACGGAGAAGAAUCAGAGACCUCCCAGAACGUUCAGGAGGUAGGAUCAGUAGAUCUUGUGCAGUUGGAGCCUAAGGAGGUAGAGGCCAGUGGUGAAGAACACUCCUCAGCUGCUCUUGCAUCCAGUGAUGGUUCUCAAGGCUGUUUGAGCCAAGCAGACAGGACUGAGAGCACUGAAGUUCAAGAUGCAGUAGCUACGAGGGGCACCAGCCAGGUUUCUUCUUCUCAGGCAGAGGUGCCCCAAGGGAAUGUCCAGUUGGAGACUGCAGAAUCAGCACCAAAACCAAUUCCUGAACCCCCAAAGGCUCCCAAAAUAGAAGAGAUCCCACAGCGGAUCACCAGAAACCGAGCCCAGAUGCUUGCCAAUCAAAACAAGCAGAAUGCUGCUGCUUCUGAAAAAGAAUACCCACCUGCUUCUGCUCCUUCCACAAGGGCGAAGGGACGUGUGACUGAAGAGGAGGAUGCACAGGCCCAGCACCCCCGGAAGCGACGGUUCCAGCGCUCCAACCAGCAGAUACAACAGCAGAUCAACACCACCACCCAGCAGACCCGGGAAAUGAUCCAGCAGACAUUGGCCGCCAUCGUCGACACCAUCAAAUUGGAUGAUAUUGAACCUUACCACAGUGACCGGUCCAAUCCUUAUUUUGAGUACCUGCAGAUCAGGAAGAAAAUUGAGGAGAAGCGGAAAAUUCUUUGCUACAUCACUCCCCAAGCGCCCCAGUGCUACGCCGAAUACGUCACCUACACAGGCUCCUAUUUGCUAGAUGGAAAACCUUUAAGCAAGCUCCACAUUCCGGUGAUUGCCCCGCCCCCAUCAUUGGCUGAGCCCCUGAAGGAGCUGUUCAAACAGCAGGAAGCGGUCCGUGGCAAGCUGCGACUCCAGCACAGCAUUGAGCGGGAGAAGCUGAUUGUGUCCUGUGAACAGGAGAUUUUGAGAGUUCAUUGUCGGGCAGCAAGGACGAUAGCAAAUCAAGCCGUACCCUUCAGUGCCUGCACCAUGCUUCUGGACUCGGAGGUGUACAACAUGCCUCUAGAAAACCAGGGAGAUGAAAACAAAUCUGUCAGAGAUCGUUUCAAUGCUCGCCAGUUCAUCUCAUGGUUGCAGGACGUGGACGACAAAUAUGACCGGAUGAAGACGUGCCUGUUGAUGCGCCAGCAACAUGAAGCCGCAGCCUUGAAUGCAGUGCAGCGAAUGGAGUGGCAGCUGAAAGUGCAGGAACUGGAUCCUGCUGGGCACAAAUCGCUCUGCGUGAACGAGGUGCCCUCGUUCUACGUGCCAAUGGUGGACGUGAACGAUGACUUUGUGCUCUUGCCGGCAUGACAGUACCACGCCUGGAGACUUUCUAACUGCAAACUGGCAUGGGUGGGUGCCCACCCCCUAACUCCCCUCUCCAGGAUGGGUGUAGGUGUUCACACACGCGCGCACACACACAAACACAUACACAACUGCUUGCUGAUGAAUCCCUAGUCCGACGAGGAGGAAGCAGAACAUCAGUGACAAAAUGAUAUGUGGCACUUUCUUCACGUAGCCUCCAUGCGCACCAGACCGCAGGAGCAGGGAAAGGAGAGGCACCGCUCCUUCCACGCCGUGCUCUGCAGCAGAAGACGGCCUGCACCCGGCAGCAUGUUCAGGACUAGAGGAGGGGAGAAAGACUCGACGGGUGCCAGGAGAUUCCUGGGACGCACACUCUUGUGGCGGGGCUGCAGUAGCUGCUGAGACAUGAGGCCGCCGCAGCGUUUGGUGCACUCACAAUUUCCGCAGUCUCGAGCGCUUUGAUUCUUCCACUUGCCUGUGGGUGGAUCUUCCCUCCGAGACCCUGCAGGGCUAAACUGUGGGGGGGGGGGCUGGCAGGGAGGUGGGCGGGGGAAGAGACAGGGCAGUACUUUAGUUUCUUGUUGCAACCAGGCUACACAUCAGGAAGGCACCAAGCUGCACCCUGGAGGUGGUGCGGAGAGUCACACCACUGGACCGGAAAUGUGGGGCAUCUUUCAAGCAACCAAAACCUGGGGAGGCACCUGACCACGGAGAACAGAGAAGUAAGUGGCGCAGAGCGAGGACUGUGCAAUUCUGUUUUU